AUGUCGCCGUAUAUUGCGAACGAUAACGACGCGACCCGAUCCGACGGAGCAGAAGAGGCGCCGGGAAUAGACGGAAUGGCAACCACCGCCGUGCGAAGCUGUUCGGUUCCAGCCUCCGAUCAUGCAGUCGAUACGGAAUUCCUCAUUGUCGGGGCAGGUCCUGCCGGGGCAGCCUUGGCUUGUUUUCUCGGUUCUCAUGGGCUGAAGGGCAUCAUGAUCAGCAGCGCUCCAGGAACAGCGAAUACUCCUCGCGCACAUAUUACUAAUAUGGCGGCACUAGAGUGUUUACGGGAUAUUGAUCUAUAUGACGAACUAGAAAAGUUGGGAUCCACUGGGGCAGAUCAUAUGCGACACACACGAUGGUGUCAUAGUAUGGCAGGCGAAGAGUACGCACGUAUUCAUUCCUGGGGGAAUGAUCCUAGAAGAAAGGGCGACUAUGAACUGGCUAGCCCGUGUAAACCAUUUGAUCUGCCGCAGACGAUCUUGGAACCGGUUCUGGUUCGGCAUGCAGCUUUGAAAGGCUUCAAGUGUCGCUUUGAUUCCACGCUUGUUUCUUUCAUUAUCGACUCGAAGACCAACCUGAUCACUGCCACUAUUCACGAUAAGAUGACAAACAAGGAAUACCAGAUCCGUACAAGAUAUCUUUUCGGGGCUGACGGUGCCAGGAGCGAGGUAGUGAAGCAGCUUAGCUUGCCUCUAGUGGUUCAGCCUGGUCAAGGUACUGCAAUCAACGUGCUGGUCAAAGCCGACCUUUCCCAUUUGGUGAAAAACCGAACUGGCAACCUUCAUUGGGUAAUGCAACCAGACCGAGAGCACCCGGACUUUGGCUGGAUGGGAAUCGUUCGCAUGGUGAAGCCAUGGAAUGAGUGGAUGUUUAUUCUGUUCCCAGGCCGCAACUAUAACCGUUCUCAAGAUAAGCCGUCUAGAAAUGAGUUUCAAAAGAGAGUCCAGGAGUUUAUUGGCGAUGAUACACCUGCAGAGAUCUUGGAUAUCUCCACGUGGUAUAUCAAUGAGAUCGUCGCAGAGAAAUAUUCAGAGGGUAACAUCUUCUGCCUCGGGGACGCCGUGCACCGUCACCCUCCAUUAAACGGGCUUGGAUCAAACACCUGUAUUCAAGAUGCUUUCAACCUCGCCUGGAAGGUCGCAUAUGUUCACAAGGGGCUUGCGGCACCGUCGCUUCUAUCCACCUAUUCCAUUGAGAGGCAGCCUGUGGGUCAUUCGAUUAUCAUCAGAGCAAACCAGGCAUACCGAGACCACUUCCUUGUGUGGAAGGCACUAGGCAUGUUACCCACGGACUUGUCGGCGCGGAAAGAGAUUUUGGAGGAGUUAAAGAGCGCGACAUUAGAAGGGUCAAACCGCCGCCGUGCCUUGCAUGCGGCAAUCAAGCAUACCGCUCAUGAAUUCCAUGGCCUGGGAGUUGAAAUGAAUCAACAUUAUGACAGCCAAGGAGUCUACACGGCUGAUGAGCCCACUCCCUAUGCGCCACUCAGACGGAUGGCCGAAGAUAGUAUCUUGUUUUAUGAACCAAGCACUUAUCCCGGAUCCCGAUUGCCUCAUUCCUGGCUCAACAAAGCAAUCCCGGGGAAGGCUAUUUCGACAAUCGACAUUGCUGGCCAUGGCUCUUUUGCCCUCCUGAGUGGAAUUGGAGGUGGGCGAUGGAAAAAGGCAGCUGAAACGGUUGCCGAAAUCCUUAAGGUGCCGAUACAGGUGCAUUAUAUUGGAUUUAGACAAGAUUGGGAGGACGUUUACUUUGAGUGGGAAAAUUUGCGAGGCGUAGAGGAAUCAGGAGCCGUGUUGGUACGGCCGGAUCGAUUCGUUGCAUGGAGAGCACCGGAAGUUCUCCAGGAUGACGGAGCAUGCAAGUUAAAGCUUCUGACAGUUAUGAGAACAAUUCUAGGAUGCCUCGAUGUAUAA